AUGAAUUUCCCAAUUUCCCCAAUUCCGAAGAAUCCACUUGGAGAAGGACGGUACAUCAAGACUGCUGCUGCUCUCAUCAUUGGAGACGAAAUCCUGAAUGGGAACACGUUGGACCGUAACUCGAAUUACUUUGCGCGCUUCUGUUUCGAGAAUGGUAUUGAGCUCCAGAAAAUUGAGGUGAUUGCAGACGACGAGCUCGAGAUUAUUGAGGCUAGCCGAAGGAUGGUCCAGAAAUAUGAUUUCGUCAUCACCUCUGGUGGUAUAGGGCCCACUCACGAUGAUAUCACAUACGCCUCGCUCGCAAAGUCUUUCGGACAAGAGCUCAAAUACCAUGAUGAAACUAUCAUGCGUAUGGAAGAAUCCAGCCGACACCGCACAUGGAUCACGCAGCAGAGCGAGGAGCAACGCACCGCUCGUAGACGUAUGGCACUAUUUCCGGAAGCUGGCGAGGUCCUUUUGGUCGCUAGCGACAUAUGGGUUCCUGUUGUUCGACUGGAAGGCAAGCUAUGCAUAUUUCCAGGAAUCCCAUCACUUUUCCAGAAGCUUUUGGACAACUUGAAGCCUUUCUUGCCUUUGCCCACGGAAGAUGCGCGUCCCUUCCGGCUUCAAGUCUUUACUCCACUUCCGGAAUCGUCCAUUGCGCCAUUCCUUACAGCUCUACAGAAUCGCGUUAAGCCUGAGAAUAUCCGGAUAGGCUCUUACCCACUCCUUCAGCCAGGGGCACACAUUGCACUAAUUGGAUUGGACCGUGAACGUGUGAAAGAACUUGGGUUGGAGGUGGAGAAAGAGUUGCAAGGACGCAUACUGAGUGCGGAGGAGACCGAGGCCAUGAUCAAGGUAAAGAGGCAGUGA